AUGGAUGGAGAAGAGGAGACAGACUCGGCGAAUAAGGUGCAGGAGUCGGAUCGUGAAGGCGAGACCAAGGGCGAUGACGAGUUCCAGGAGGAAGGCGCAGGCGAGCAUCGCGAGAUGCCCGCUGGAGUCAAUGACGACGAUCCCGCGCAGGCAGGCGUGGCGGUGAAGCCAAGCGCGGCGGCGGCGGACGGACAGAGCGGUCGAAAUCUGCCGCGCGGCGGAGAGGAAGGUGAUGGCGGGGGGCGUGGCAGUGGCGGACGCUCUCCAGAUCCGCGUCGGCGACGUGACGGAGAACGCGGCGGCGGCAUGCGCUCGCCUGAUCCACGGCUGAAUCGUGACGGAGGGCGCAGCGGCGGUGCGCGCUCGCCAGAUCCACGGCUGAAUCACGUGAAGGAACGUGGCGGCGGCGCGCACUCGCCAGACCCGCGGCUAAAUCGGGAUGUGGGACGUGGCGGUGGCGGACGCUCGCCAGAAUCGCGGCGGAGCCGUGAAGGGGAGCGUGGUGGCGGCAUGCGCUCGCCAGAUCCACGGGUGAUGCAGGAGGAGAAGCGUGGAGGCGGCCAUCGCUCGCCAGAUCCACGGCAGCACCGAGACGGUGGGCACUGGGGCGGAGCGCGCUCACCGGAUUCACAGAGGUAUCACGACUGGAGGAGCGGGGGGGAUCGGCGCUCGCCUGGUCCCUAUCACCCCCCUUAG